CCAAUGGACCGUCGUAUUAAUAAUCCCAUGCUAACUUCCAGAAGGCAAGACGCAAAUCCAUUACCAAACGGAAAAAGGCAGCCUGAUACGUCUUUUGACUCGGCGUCACUCCUCGCUGUCUUCUAUUAAUAUCAUCACCGGUUCGCAACCCUCGUCUCCGCCCAAGAAGUUUUUCGAACCCCAGCUCAGAUUGGCUCUAAGAUGGAGCUCAAGCCCGGCAUGUCCGCUCUCGUCACCGGCGGCGCCUCCGGAAUUGGUAAAGCACUUAGCUUGGCUCUUGCACAAAAAGGUGUAUGUGUAACUGUGGUUGACAGCUCUGAAGAGAGGGGGAAGGAAGUUGCUCUUUUGAUAGGAAAAGAGAAUGAGAAGUUCCAUCUGAAACUUAAAUUUCCACCUGCUAUGUUUAUCAAGUGUGAUGUGACGAAUGCAAGUGAUGUUGCUGCUGCUUUUGAGAAGCAUGUGGAGACCUAUGGAGGACUCGAUAUCUGUAUCAAUAGUGCUGGAAUUGGCAAUAUUGUUCCAUUUGAUCAAGACAAAACUGAUGGGAAUGGCACAUGGAGACGUACUGUCAAUGUUAACCUGACUGCACUUAUUGAUUGUACACGCAUUGGGAUUCAAACAAUGCUAUCUAGAAAAAAGCCUGGUGUGAUAAUAAAUCUGGGCUCAGCCUCAGGUCUUUAUCCCUUGUAUGCUGACCCUAUUUAUUCUGCUACAAAAGGUGGUGUUGUCUUAUUCACUAGAGCACUUGCUCCACUAAAACGCCGAGGAAUUCGUGUCAAUGUGCUUUGCCCUGAGUUUAUUCAAACUGAGAUGGCAUCAAAGGUGGAUCCUAAACUAAUUAACGCACUUGGUGGCUUCCUCUCCAUGGAGAUGGUUGUGAAUGGUGCAUUUGAGCUUAUUAAAGAUGAGAGCAAGGCUGGUGCUUGUCUAUGGAUCACUAAACGUAAAGGCAUGGAGUAUUGGCCUACACCAAUGGAAGAAAGAAAGUAUUUAUUGCAGCCAUAUAAGUCAAAAAGAAGAUUUGUGUACACUACAGCUUCUAAAAUUGAUUUACCCGAUACUUUUGAGAAAAUGUGAGUUGCUCUGUCUUUUGUUACAUAA